AUGUCGCUGUAUUACAGAUGGAAGAAUUUCGAGGAAGACGAGGAUCGACCCGAGAAGCCUCGCCGGUUUGGGGUCACGGAAAUGCGGGGACCCAAUCACACUCUCUUGACCCAGAACGUUCUCCAGGAGAUAUUUGAGUCGAUGGGCCAAUUUGUCGAUGGGCUGAAAUUCUCUGGGGGUUCUCAUAGCUUGAUGCCGAAAUCAUUUCUGAAACAAGUGAUCCACAUGGCUCACCAGCAUGAUGUUUAUGUUAGUACUGGUGAUUGGGCUGAACAAAUGAUUCGUAAAGGCCCUUCAGCUUUUAAAGAUUAUGUUGAGGAGUGUAAGCAAAUGGGGUUUGAUACAAUUGAGUUGAAUGUGCCAUCACUUGAAGUUCCUGAAGAUACUCUUUUGAGAUAUGUGAGAUUGAUUAAAAGUGGUGGCCUAAAAGCCAAGCCUCAGUUUGCUGUCAAAUUCAACAAGUCUGAUAUUCCCACUGGUGGAAAUAGAGCAUUUGGGGCCUAUGUUCCUCCUCCUCCUCCUAGAUCAACUGAACUUAUUGAAGAUGUGGACCUAUUGAUCAGAAGGGCUGAGAGAUGCUUAGAAGCUGGUGCAGAUAUGAUUAUGAUUGAUGCAGAUGAUUUAUGCAAACAUGCUGAUUCUGUACGGGCAGAUGUAAUUGCAAAGGUUAUUGGCCGUCUAGGUCUUGAGAAGAUCAUGUUUGAAGCUUCAAAUGCUAGAGCCUCCGAGUGGUUUGUCAAGCAAUAUGGACCAAGGGUGAAUCUCUUUGUGGAUCAUUCUCAGGUAAUGGAUUUAGAGUGUCUCAGAGGACGCAACCUGGGAAAAAACCAUUCCUCGGUUCUUGGUUCUUCAUAUUUUCUGUUCUGAACUGGUAAAGACUUCUAGAGAUGCAACUCCUCGGUCAUAGUUCGUCGAGUGUUGCAACUUGCAUUUGAUGUGUUAUGUUUGUGCUGUGAGUGUGAAGUUAAAUGGAAAUGAAAACAUUAUAUGCUACUAUUGCAAUAAAGUUGGAAGAAUUCUUGUGUAAGAAACAAUGACCAUGAUACCUUGUUUCUGGGUCCAAUUUUACCAAUUGUGCAUACAUCUUUUCAUCUUUUAGUUAAAGAAUAACCAACAGUCCCUUUCAA